CAGUCACAGUUUCAUUUCAGUCAAACAUAUUGAUGGCAUCGGCAAAAGGAACAUCCUGUUUUCCGCACAUUAAAUAAGGCUGCGUUUACAUUCAUUGUUGCUGUGUUUGUCAUAAAUCAGCAACUGAUCUCAGAUCCAAGGAGUCCGAAUGGAUUUAAUGAAAAUGGACGGCGACACAUUUAUAGAUAACAACGUCACAAUGGAAGAACGGAUUAUCGAAGAGGAUCCCCGGAAGAGACAGCAGCCCUCUAGAUGUGUGACUGUGUGUCUCGGGUUACUGUGUGCCGUCCUGCUGGCUGCUAACAUCGCACAGCUUAUCUACCAUGCCAGCCGUCCAGUAGAAAACACUCACGGGGAGCUGCAGAGUCACGAUGCUUUGUCUGCAGAGAGAAGCCAGUUAGGAGCCGCACUGAGUAACAAGACGGAAAAGAAAAACCAGUUGCAGCAAAGUUACAACACGCUGACUGCUAACAGAAGUGACCUUCAGACCCGCUACAACUCAUUGUGGGAAGACAAAGAACAAUUGCAAAGCAGAUAUAAUGCUCUGCAGGGGGAAACAGAGCAGUUACACACCAAUUACAUCAAUUUGACAACAAGUUGCCUUGAGAUAGCCAAACAGUUCCAGAACAAGAUGGUGAAGGCAGCGGUUCAAAUCAGAAGCAUGCCCUGUCAGACCGGCUGGAGGAAGUUCAACGACAGCUGUUACAUCGUCUCAACUGUGAAGAAAAACUGGAAGUCAAGCAGAGACGACUGCAGCGCCGUGGGAGCGGAUCUGGUCGUCAUAAACAGCCUUAUUGAACAGGAGUUUGUCAACGGGUUAAUAGACUCAUUCAAAUACGCCUGGAUUGGCUUGAGUCUUAAAGAGGGGACCUGGAGGUGGGUGGAUGGGACCCCGGUCACCUCAACGUACUGGAUGAAAAAUCAACCCAACAACGCGAAUGGGGAAUCAGGACUGUGGAGAAGUUUUGCAAAGUGCAAGUUCGGGAGAGAAGGGAUGGAAUGAUGAACGCUGUUCUGCCGAUCAACACUUUAUCUGCGAGCAAUAAGAUCACCAAAGUCUGUACAUCAUUACCAGGACCAUUUCAGAGUUGUGACACGAUUGGGAGAAUAUUAUAAGUGAAGAACAAGGACGUGGGACAGAAGGUCAGGACUGAACUUCCACGCUUCAUGCUCGAGAGCCACAAUGUCCCAGACUUUAGAUUUUUCUCCGUUACUGAUUGAUUUGAUGUUCCAGAACCAAACUUUAUGACUUGUAUUUUAACACGAUUCAUUCCCUAUAUUUAUGGAUCUGUCUUUUUUGGAGGUCGGUUGUAUAAGUAUGAUUUUUGAAGAUAAUAAAAUCUCUGUGAGUGAUUGAAAUAUA